AUGACUUCCUCAGGUGAAGAUCUGGGGUCCAAUUUGCAAGGAUUAAGCAUCUCGGAAGCCAUGGAAACAAAGUGUGAAGAUGGUGGUGGAAUGAACUAUGAUCAUAGUUCUCGAAGGGACUCACUUGAUUUGGGUGCUGUCUCGUUCAAAGCUUUCGAGAAUGAUGAGUUUGCAGAGAUUCAUUACAGAGAUGCAGAAGACGGUAGAGGGGCAGCGGCACUAGAAUCUGCCAAUUUACCCCAAAUUACGUCUAAUAAUGGCAAUAUCGAAAAUGAUAGCGAUAGUGACAGUGAUUCUGGAUGGCAGAUAAUGCCAACUAUCGCUUCGUAUAACAUCUACGAUGAAAAGGGUCAACUCUCAAUACGUCCAUAUGAAGUCAGAAGCCUGCAGACUCCAUCGCAGGAGGAACUAUCUUCCAAGGAUAAAAGUAAUACAAAGACGACUUUUGGCUAUACUAAAGUGGCUGCAGAGGAACAAGCUCAAAGAUCCUUUCAAACUAACCGCAAGACAGAUUUCCUCUUUGAUCAUAGGAGGUUGCGUAAUGAUAGUUCCAGAGGUACGCUGGCGUCUGAUGAAAAGGCAAAGGACGCAAUGGAAACCGAUCACGACUCUGAUAGUUCAGAAUUUUCGCAAGAUGAAAAAGAUGAUGAAGAGACUUUCUAUGAUGAAUAUGAGGAUGAUGUAGAGCCAAUGGAUGAUUUGAACCCUGAUACCCAAUUGGAUGCUACCAAGAACAUGCUAACGGAGAAGGAGAAAUUUGCAUAUGUGGGGGCCAUUAACGUUCUUAUAAAUCAAAUAUGUACAGAAUUGGCUACAUUGUGUCUUUGCGUAGAUAACAUUACCUCCCAUAGAAAAUUGGCACGCAGAUUACAAUUUGCUCAAAAAGAUACAGCUGCAUGGAAAACGGAUAUAUUAGAGAGGAUCUAUACACACCUAAAUGUAUCAGAUGAAGAGAUUAUUAUGAUAGAACAAUUAUCAAACCAUGGUGUUAGACUGGAAGAUCUUUGUAAAUGCCUGAAGACCCAUCAGAAGGUGGAAAACCCAUUUGAAGAACAUGAUGAUAGUAAGAAUGAUGAAAAUAAUGAAGAAGAGAAGAUAGAGAAGGAACAGAAAUCUCCGAAUGAAAAGGAAUCGGACAUUAGAGAAAGUUGCGAAUCUACUACUUCUAGUGUAACAAAAAGAAACUUGGAAGAUGAAGCAGAAGACAAUAAAGAAUCAUACGGAAUAAAUAUGCCCAAUGAAGUGGUAAAUCCAGAUAUGAUCAAAGAUAAGAGUCGAAUAGACAUUGAUGUUGCCUGGACAGUAAUAUGUGAUUUAUUUUUAUUACUCUUACAGGAUGCCGCCUAUGAUGCUCGUUCACGUAUUCUUCUACUCAGAUUUGCCGAAGUUUUAAACGUUACAGGCUUAGAAGUGGCAGAAUUCGAAAGGCGUAUUACAGAUUCUCUCGAUAUGGAACAAUCGACAGAGGAUCAAAAUUGGGACGAAACUAAACUCAUGAAGGAUAGACGUAAAAGAAGAAGAAGAAAGAAGUUAUGUUAUGUUGGUUUGGCCAUGGUUGGUGGAUCUUUGGUCUUAGGUUUAAGUGGUGGUCUACUGGCUCCCGUAAUCGGUGCAGGUAUAGCAGCUGGUUUGUCCACUGUAGGGAUAACGGGUGCUACAGGUUUUUUAACUGGUGCAGGUGGAGCCACCGCAGUGGCAGUAACGAGUACAGCGAUCGGUGGUAAUAUUGGGUUUAAAGGUAUGAAAAGAAGAAUGGGAUCUGUGAGAACUUUUGAAUUUUGCCCGCUACAUAACAAUCGUCGUGUCAACCUUUUAAUCAGUGUUUCUGGUUGGAUGAUUGGUAAUGUUGAUGAUGUUAGGCUUCCUUAUUCAACGGUGGAUCCUGUGGAAGGUGAUCUUUACUCAUUAAACUGGGAACCUGAAAUGUUAAAAUCUAUCGGUGAAAGUAUCACGAUUAUUGCCAAUGAACUUUUUGCCACUACCAUUCAACAAGUUCUUGGUGCUACUGUUUUAACGGCGUUCAUAUCAGCUAUCCAAUGGCCGAUGUGGCUUUCGAAAUUGAGUUACAUUUUGGACAAUCCUUGGAACGUCUCACUAGAUAGAGCUUGGUCCGCUGGUAAAAUUUUAGCUGAUACCCUCAUAGCGAAAAAUUUGGGGCAAAGACCUACUACUUUAAUGGGAUUCUCCUUAGGUUCUAGAGUCAUUUUCUCAUGUCUCGUGGAGCUUUGCAAGAAAAAGGCAUUUGGGUUGGUAGAAAACGUCUACUUGUUUGGUACACCAGUUAUAAAGAAUAAGGAGCAAUUGGUUAUGGCACGUUCUGUGGUAAGUGGUAGAUUCGUUAACGCCUAUUCUGAGAAGGACUGGAUGCUUGCAUAUCUAUUCCGUGCAGCCGCCGGUGGAUUCAGUACCGUCAUGGGAAUUACGCCAAUUACAAAUGUAGAGGGCAUUGAGAAUUUCGAUUGUACGGAUGUUGUAGAUGGUCAUUUAGCAUACCGUAAAAAUAUGCCAAAAUUAUUGAAAAGGUUGGGCAUUUCAGUGGUAAGCGAACAAUUCGUAGAGAUUGAAGAGGACGUAGAUUUUGGAGAGAUUAAACGUAAAAGAAAGUUAGUUGAAGAUGUGGACGCAGCACAAAAGAAGUUGUCAGAGAAAAAGAAGCACAAUAGUUGGGUACCCAAAUGGUUGAAACCCAAAAAGUCUAAAUGGCGCUCAAUGGUGGAAGAUACUGUAGAAGAAGGAAAGGAAAUUGAAAUUCCUGCUCAGGCGGCCAAAGAAGAAGAUAUGAUAAGCGAUUCUACUAGGGAGUCCAUGAAGGAGCCUUCUACUAAAGCAGGUGCUGAAGAAGGAACUACUGAAAAAAAUGAAGAGGAUGAUGAGGCUGAAAACCCAUCCAAAAAGGACCCCGUUUUGAUCGAUCAUGGUGCCCUGAUGAAUGAGCUAAAAUUAAUAAAGCAAGCUAUUCAUGAAGAACAGAGGCACAAGAAGAAAGAAAUGAAGGAGGAUGAAGAAGAGGAGGAUAAAGACGAGAGCGAAGGAAACACCGCAGAUGAGACACCUAAUGCAUCAAUCAGUGAAAAAAAUAAAUCUUCACGGCAGUCUUCUUAUGGUGCACCACAGAGUCCAGGUAACUUCCAACUUUUAGGUGCCGGUAGGACGAUUUUACCGGAGGAUGAUGAUAUGUUUAAACAAAGGAAUAAAAGUGGCAUGACCUUUGAAUUUCCAGAUGAUAUUUGA